AUGCGCCUACCACAAGAAAUGAGAGCACCAAACUACAACGACCAGUACGGCAUCGGCGUCAAGCUCAGAUCGCAAAAGCGCUCCCCUAUGCCACCGGCAGAGCGCUCGGAGUCUGCAGAGGGCUUGAGGACUGGCUAUGCGCAGGGAGGUUCGAAUGAAAGGGGCAGAAUUGUGCUGGGAACCAUGGCCCGCCAAGGCCUUCCAGGUGCGCCAGUGGAGCGCGGAGUGCAGCCGCCCUCCGACAUGACUGCAGAUGAUCGAAGCUCGCUCAAUGACUGGGAUGUCAUUGGCCUGCGAGAUGUGAAGCGGACGGCUUCAGAGUCCGGGGCGUCGCAGGAGGACACCUAUGACGUCUGA